AUGAAGCUGUUUCUGGUUUCCCUCCUCCUGGGAGCUGGAUCGGCGCUCUCGGCGCCCACCGAGCGCUCCGAUGUCGACGAACGGCACACACUCUGGCUUGCUGGCGACAGCACGAUGGCACCGGACGGCGGACACAAUGGCACACAGGGUUGGGGACAGUACCUGCACUACUCCCUCGACUCCUCAAAGAUCCGGGUCAACAACUCGGCAUACGCCGGGCGGAGCGCACGCACCUUCACGAGAGAAGGCCGAUUCCAGCGGAUCAUUGACGAGGUCAAGGCUGGUGACUGGGUUAUCAUUGAGUUUGGUCACAAUGACGGACCCGGGAAUCCAAUCAACGAUACAGUCAAGAACCGAGUUGACUGCCCUGGUAUUGGAGACAACGUCUGUCCUGUAAUAUUCAACAACCAGACAGAAGUGGUACAAACUUACACCACCUACCUCCGCAACGCCUCCACCACCUUCCUCUCACUCGGCGCCCGCGUAGUCAUCUCGACCUCGACCCCCGUCAACCCGUACUCAGCCGGCAACUUCUCGUGGACGCCGACCAUUUACUCGUGGUACUCGUGGCACGUCGUCGAGUCCCUCGGCGGACCUGCGGCUGGCAUCUACUACGUCCCGCACGGCAACUACAGCGCCCAGGCCCUCCAGGUGCAGGGCCCGCAGGCGGCCGUCGAGGGGUACCCGAUGGACGCCGUACACAUGUCGCCAAAGCUUGCGGAUUCAUUUGCAGGGGCUUUCGUGCUAGGUCUCAAGUGCGGGACGUCGCCGCUGCAGGAGUACGUCGUUAAUGCCACGUCGAGGCUGGAGGGAGAUAGAUUGGGGACUUGCCUUCAGGUCAACGCCACUUUGCCGAUUUAA